UGCGCCGGCCAAUUGCAAGUAUUUUCUUCUUUAAAAAUUAAUUAAAUAUCCUUUUUUUUCAACCCUUUUAUUUUUCAAAUUAAUUUAUACCUUUUAAAUAUUAUUUUUAGAAAUUUAAAAAAUUCGAUUUUUAACAAUUACUGUAUUACCGAUUUUGUAAAAUGAAAAUAAAGAUGACGCUGUGUGUAAUUUUUGUAAUUUGAUGUUGUCAUUUGACAACAAAUAAACACGUAUGACGUAUGUAAACACAACACUUAUCAAAAAUAAAAUAAAGUUGUUACUUGAUAAUUAAUAAACAACCACAAAAAUGGAUAAAAAAUUUGAUAUUAAUGAAUUUACUGAUGCCUGUUGGAAAGAUGUAUUAAUUAAAAUAAAUAAUGCUGCUGUUUAUAUUGAUCAUGGAGCAACAGAAUGUUUACACUGGUUUAAUGGUGACAAAGCAUAUUUAUCACUUAUUGAUGCUGGUGCACAUUCUGUUCAUGAAAUGGCAUUAUUUAAUUUUCAGUAUGUCAAAGUUAAAGGAACUAAAAAAGUUGUAUUUAUCAUAACAUCACCAGAUUCAUCAUUUUACAAACGAACAUUAAAAAUAAUUAUUGAUAAAAAUACAUUUGAAGAUUGUACAAUUGUUUGUGCUGUUCAUAGUACAAUAUUAAAAUAUUCAUUGAAUGAAAAUGAUGAUGAUCAAUAUGAGAUGCUCAAAAACGACAUAUUGAGUUGGAUGAAAAAUAAAUCAACAGAUGCAUCAGUGGAAAUAAUGUUUAGACCAAUUUUCAUAGCUCCAAUAACUGAGCAAGUAUUUGUAACACCACCAAUUGAAAGGCUAAUGCCACCAAUUGAUGGAAAAAUAACUGAUGAAUAUCAAUCAAAUGCUGAUUAUUUUGUCAGUUUAUUUCAUAGUUUAUUUACACAGCUUAAUAUAAAAGAAGAUAUUUAUUCAAUUGGUCAAUUUAGUGAUUAUAUUGCUGAUAAAUUAAAUAAUUUACCAGCAGCUGUUGAUAGAAAAAAGAUGCUGAUUGGAAGAUCUGGAGUGUCAUUAAUUAUAAUUGACAGAACAUUGGAUUUAUGUACAGCAACAAAAAAUAAUAAUGAAUGUGUUUUAUCAAGAAUAUUAUCAACACUACCAUCAUUGCCUUAUCAUCACAAUGAUGUUGCUGUUAACAUGUCUCCACUAUGUUCAGAUUUUCAAGAAAGCCCAUUGACAUUGACAGUACCAGGAUGUUUAGCAACAAAUGACAAUGAUAACUUUAAUAUUUUAAUUAAAAAAAAACAAAAAGAUGUAUUGUUGAUAUUAAACAAAUGGAUUGUUGAAAUUUUAACGAGUGAUAUACAAAGUCCACAAGCAAAAUUAUCAACACGUGUUACAGCUCAUAGUUUAGAAAAACUUGUCUUUAAAUUUCGUGAUAAUUGCAAUAUUAAAAAUCUUGAAAAACAUAGUAAAAAAUUACAAAUAAUAAUGGCAGUUAUACAAUCACUUAAAUCAGAUAAAAGUGGUAAAUUAGAUUUACUUGUUAGUUUGGAAAAAUUAAUAUUACAAAAUUUAGCUGUUAGUCGUGAUUCAACAAGUAUUUUAUCUCAGAUAAGUAAUAUAAUUAAAAAUCGUACAAGUCGUGGUCUAGAAAUGGAAGAUUUACUUGUUCUUUUAAUUUAUAUUUAUUCAAUUUCUGGUACUGAAAUACAUUUUUCAACUCAACAAGAACAACAAUUAAUAGCUUCAUUGGAAAAUGCAAUUUUUGAAGAUAUUAAAAAAUGCAAUGAUAGUGUAUCAACACAUGAAGUAUCAGUUUAUCAACAAACAUUACUAUUAUUAGGUGUAAAAACAGACACUGAAGCACAUGAACUAUCAAUAAAUAUAACAAAAAAAAUAAUGAAUAAUCUACAUUUAAUAUCUGAACAACGUAAAAACUUACAUAAUUAUAAAGAUAUGAUUGUUAAAUCAAAUCCUCAAGUAAUGGCUGAAUGUCCUGGUAUUGUUGAACGUCUUGUUAAUGAUUUAUUAGAUAAAACACAACCAGAAAUUAUUGAUUUACAAAAUAAAUCAUCAAAUUUAUUAUCAGCUGGUUUUAAUUUUAUGUUAAAAGGACGUACCACUGCACAUCCAACUGAUAAUCCAUGGAUAAUAAUUUAUGUACUAGGUGGAAUAACACCAGAAGAAGCUAAAAUUGUUGAUCAAAUAACAACACAAAGCUCAACACAAAUAAAAAUAACACUUGCUGGUUGUAAAUUAUUAAAUCCAAUUGAUGUUUCUGAUAAAAUAUUGUUAUCAAAUAUUAUAUUAUAAAUAAAAAUAUAUUGUUUUUCUUGUUAAAUCCAAUUAAUUCCAUUAAUAUCAAUCGUAUAAUCAAUUUCAUUUGUUGAAUUUAAUGUUUCAAUAAAACAUUUAAAUGUAUUUUGUUUUUCAUCUCUUUGCAAUUUAAUACGUUUAUUUAUUUUUCCAAUUGUUGGCUCAUCUGAUAGAACAAUUGUUUCUUUUAAUGUUGACGUAAUAUCAGUUGGUUUAACAUAAAUUAAUGGAAUUUUUGAAUGAUACGUAUGUUUUUGAAUUGUCUUCAUGUAUGUUUUAGCAUAAUCAUCAAUUAUCCAUGGACCACCAUGUUGUCUAUCUUGCCAAUAAAAUGCAGUUAUACUAUCAACAA